GGACGUUAUCUCAGCUUUGCUGGCUCUUCAGUCUUUACACCUACAGCAUUUGAAGGCUCCUCUUUCCAAACCUCCUUCCUUCAACCUUUAUUCUCCCUCGAGUUGUUCAGAUCAUCUUCAACCCAGGAAAGAAUCAUUCUACAAGAAGAUCCAGGGUUUUUAAAAGUUGGACACCAAGCAAAGCGACUUGGUGAAACACCUUUGUCUUUGCAUCAGGAUGUUGUGCUGCCGUAUCUUCAGCGUGUUGAUGGCGUCUUUGAGCACCAGCCUACUUUUGAUGGCACUCAGCACCGAUUACUGGAAAGUAUCUUUUGCUCCUGCUGGGACGUCCCACAGUGGGCUAUGGCAGUACUGCAUUAACCCUGGAUUAGCCGAAAGCCAAUGCUUUGCUGUAAAGGAUGCCUUUGGCUACAUCAUAGCUGCCCGUGUGUUCCUGAUUAUGGCUUCUCUAAUGGCAUUGGCAUUACACUUCUUCCUGAUUGCUGCCUUCAUGCCUUCCAUGUGUGGCAUCCUAGGCAAACCCUUGAUUGCUUCCGUGGCUGCCUACGUGGCUGGACUCUUCACUCUAAUAGCCCUAGCUGUGUAUACAGCUGAAACAUGGAAGGAGAAGACCUCACCUCAACUCCAGGUCUCCUUUGCAUGGUCUUUCUACUCUGGAUGGAUCACUUUCCCCCUGUUUCUCUUGGCUGGCAUUUUUAACCACGUUGCCUCCUUGAACGCUCCAUCUUCCAGCUAUGAAAGAAUAUGAACGUCUUAGUCAACAAGAGAGCAAACACAAUUGUACGGAAACCUUCUCUCAACAAAGAGGGUGCCUCGUCCCUGUUUCUCCUGUAACAAUGCAUUUCCCCAUCUCCAGUAUAGCUCAGCUAUACUUUUUUUUUUUCCUCACUUUCCAAAACUAAUAUCUUGUAUUUUAUAGAGAUUUAGAAUAGAAUCGAAUAACAGAGUUGGAAGGGACCUUGGAGGUCUUCUAGUCCAACCCCCUGCCUAGGCAGGAAACCCUACAGCACUUCAGACAAAUGGUUAUCCAACAUCUUCUUAAAAACUUCCAGCGUUGGACCAUUCACAACUUCUGGAGGCAAGUUGUUCCACUGAUUAAUUGUUCUCAAUGUCAGGAAAUUUCUCCUUAGUUCUAAGUUGCUUCUCUCCUUGAUUAGUUUCCACCCAUUGCUUCUUGACCUGCCCUCAGGUGCUUUGGAGAAUAGCUUGACUCCCUCUUCUUUGUGGUAGCCGCUGAGAUAUUGGAACACUGCUAUCAUGUCUCCCCUAGUUUUUCUUUUCAUUAAACUAGACAUACCCAGUUUUUGCAACCGUUCUUCAUGUUUUAGCCUCCAGUCCCCUAAUCAUCUUUGUUGCUCUUCUCUGUACUCUUUCUAGAGUCUCAACAUCUUUUUUACAUUGUGGAAACCACAACUAGAUGGAAUAUUCCAAGUGUGGCCUUACCAAGGCAUUAUAAAGUGGUAUUCACACUUCACGUGAUCUUGAUUCUGUCCCUCCGUUCAUGCAGCCUAGAACUGUGUUGGCUUUUUUGGCAGUUGCUGCACACUGCUGGCUCAUAUUUAAAUGGUUGUCCAGUAGGUCUCCAAGAUCCCUCUCAUAGUUAUUACUAUUGAGCAAGGAACCACAUAUACUAGUUAUUUCAGUAACUAGGAAUAAUUUUGAUAAUUAGCUGGCUUGCCAAGAAAGGCUUUGAGUAUCACCUAUGGCAAUGUUUCCCGACUUUAGUCACAUUGAAAUGUGUGGACUUCAACACAUAUUGCUGGCUGGGGAAUACUGGGAUUUGAAGUCCACACAUCUUGAAGUGAUUAAGGUUGUGAAACACUGACCUAUGGCCUAUCAAGUGUGUUCGGGGAAAGGUUCCCUAGGGCAACCUUCUAAAAUCAAGCCCUAUAUUUGCAGCCGGCCAAAGCUCACUCUGCCCCUAAAACUAUGCUACCAAAAUGUGUUAGCAAAAUUGUGAUUUCAGGUGGCAAAAUUACCAGGGGCUUUUAAGAGAUCAGCUAGGUAGGCCUCUGUUAAUCUGAAAUAGAAUAGAAUAGAAUUUAUUGGCCAAGUGUGAUUGAACAUGCAAGGAAUUUGUUUUGGUGCAUAUGCUCUCAGUGUACAUAAAAGAAAAAGAAAAAAAUACCUUCAUCAAGGUACAACAUUUACAACCCAAAUGAUGUCAAAUGAAAGGGUUUAUUUCUCCUGAUCUUCAGCUCGGCAGGGUGGUGAGACUUUACAUAUCUUCUGGAAAUUCUGGGAGUUGAACUGUUAAAGUUGUUAAGAUUGAGAAACAUUGUGAAUCGUCUUUAGUGUUUCAAAAUCAGGAUUGCUUCACUCGUCCUUUUCUUCUGGAAUUACCAUCCUCUGUUCACUUACUUUUCAAGAAGUGUCCAAUCAUUUCAUUUGCAAAUUAUUCCAUUCCAAUGUAUUCUGAUUUAUGUGAGUUUUUUAAAAAAUGAUUACAAUGGCCAUGUUCAGGCUGCGUAAGAUUGACUUUGGAUGUUGUUUGGGUAUUUUAAA